CAGUGGAUGAGCUCGGACUCUGGUGUUUCUUCUUCAGACUGCAGACGCGAUGGCUCAGCUGGUCGAGUGUGUCCCGAACUUCUCUGAGGGUCGAAGCCGAGAGGUGAUCGACGCCAUCUCGGCGGCCAUCUCCGGCACCAGCGGCUGCAGCCUGCUGGACGUUGACCCCGGGGCCUCCACCAACCGCACCGUCUACACCUUCGUGGGUUCUCCUGAGGCGGUGGUGGAGGGAGCGCUGAAUGCUGCGCGUCAGGCCUUCAGCCUCAUCGACAUGAGCCGCCACUCAGGUGAACACCCUCGGACCGGAGCGCUGGACGUCUGUCCCUUCAUCCCCGUCCAGAACGUCACCAUGGCCGACUGCGUCCAGUGUGCUAACCUGUUCGGACAGAAACUGGCAGAAACGAUGCAGGUUCCCGUUUAUCUUUAUGGCGAAGCAGCGAGACAAGAGGCGAGGAGGAGUCUUCCUGCUGUGAGAGCCGGAGAGUACGAAGCUUUACCUGAGAAGUUGAAACGAAGUGAAUGGGCCCCUGACUUCGGCCCCGCAGACUUCGUCCCGGCGUGGGGGGCCACGGUCACUGGAGCCCGUAAGUUCCUCAUCGCCUACAACGUGAACCUGAUCGCCACCAAAGAACAGGCUCACCGCAUCGCACUGGACAUCAGGGAGCAGGGCCGGGGGAAAGAACAGCCCGGGCUGCUGAAGAAGGUGCAGGGGAUGGGCUGGUACCUGGACGAGGCCAACGUGGCUCAAGUGUCCACCAACAUCCUGGACUACGAGCUGACGCCGCUCCAGACCGUGUACCAGGAGAUCUGCAGGGCCGCUGAGGACCUGAAGCUGCCGGUGGUCGGCUCUCAGGUCGUCGGCCUCCUCCCUCUGAAGGCUCUGCUGGACGCUGCAGACUUCUACAUCCACAAAGAGCAACUGUUCGUCCUCGAGGAAGAGCACAAAGUCCGCCUGGUGAUCACUAAACUCGGCCUGGACUCUCUGGGGCCGUUCAACCCGAAGGAGCGAAUCAUAGAGUACAUGGUGAGGGCCGAGGACGACUCGCGGCUCGUGUCUCUGUCUCUGCAGAAGUUCGUCCAGAGCGUCGGAGCCCGGACGGCGGCUCCUGGUGGAGGAUCUGUGUCUGCUGCUGUCGCUGCUCUGGGGGCGGCGCUGGGGGCCAUGGUGGGUCAGAUGACGUACGGGAAGAGGCAGUUUGAGAACCUUGACGGCGUCAUGAGGAGGCUGAUUCCUCCAUUUCAUCAGGCCAUGAACGAGCUGCUGCUCAUGGUCGACGCCGACUCCACCGCCUUCAACAGCUACAUGGUGGCGCUGAAGAUGACGAAGACGACGAAAGAGGAAGUUCAAAGGAGAGAAGCCGCGAUGCAGGAGGGUCUGAAGCGAGCCGUCAGCGUCCCAUUGGCUCUGGCUGAGAGGAUCCACGUCCUCUGGCCGUCUCUUAAGGAAAUUGUCGUGUAUGGAAACGUUGCGUGCAGAUCUGACGCUCAGGUGGCGGCUAAAGUUCUGGAGGCAGCGGUUCACGGAGCGUACUACAACGUGAUGAUCAACCUGCGUGACAUCAGAGAUGAGCCCUUCACUGCAGCUACGGAGCAGAGAGCGACCACGUUACUGCAGAACGCCAAGGACGCCGCCGCCGCCGUGCUCGCCGCCGCCGCCCAGAGGAAGUGAAGCUGUGCGAUCAGAGAGGACACCAGCGCGGGGCCACUGGUUAUACUGGUGUUCAUGUGAAGCUGUUCAUGUGAGCUGCUGCUUUAAAGUAACUGAGUAUAUUUACUCAACUAUAACAGAGAGUUACUUCAAGUAUUCAAGAGGGAAAUACUAUACCACAGUAAAUACUUGUUUAGUCUCUUUACUUUGACUGGUUUAGUUACUAGUUACUUUUAGCCCUGGCGCAUGUGACAGAUUCAUCAAAUAAAAACUUUUGAAUAAAUCUUACAUCAAAGAAACCAAA